AGGAGCUCAGGUGUUAUUCUGGACACAUCUGCUCUGAGAUCUUCCAGCUCUACAAGACUCUUUCUGUCGUUGUGAACAAACAUCUUGAAGAAUGAGAAGCCUGGUGUUUCUGCUGGUCCUGGUUCUCUUCUGCUCUGUGCCGAUGACUUCAAGCGCUCCCCUCGCAGCUAAUGUGGCAAACUGCUGUAUGGAGUUCAGUAAUGUGAAGAUUCCUGUGAGACUGGUGAAGUCUUACUACUGGACCAGCAGCUCCUGUGCCAGACCAGCCAUUGUGUUUCAGACAUUUGCAGGUAAAGAGUUCUGUAUAGAUCCAGAGACCACCUGGGUGAACGGCCAUGCUGAUAAAGUGGACAAGAGAACAACAUCAGCUACUACAGCAAAGACUCAGAGCCCAACCGUCUGAAACAAGCUACACUGUUUCUACUUGAACUUUGCAUUUUAUAUUGUAUUUUUGACCGCU